CAGCAGCUUCCUGUGAGACGGAGAUGAGCCGAGGCAGCGCCGGCGUGUCUGCGUGUUCCCGGUGAGCUCAACCUCAGCGUCAGCCGCCCGUCAGUACCGGCAGCAGCCUGAAGAUGGCGCCGGUUCCUCCUGGGAUCCGCCUGCUGGUGGCGUUUGACAGAGACCAAUGGUACCGAGCUCUCACCUUCAUCCUCACUUUCUUGCUCUACACCAGCUUCCACCUCUCCAGGAAACCCAUCAGCAUCGUUAAGAGCGAGCUCCACAAGAACUGCUCGUCAGUCAGUGAACUGGCCACGAAUCCGUCCAGCAGCCAGCAGCCGACUCUGCACACAGACACAGACUGCAGCUGGAAGCCUUUCGAUAAAAGUAACUACAAACAGCUGCUGGGAGCCAUGGACUACUCCUUCCUCUGUGCCUACGCGGUGGGAAUGUACCUCAGCGGCAUCAUCGGGGAGCGGCUGCCCAUCCGACUGUACCUGACGGUCGGCAUGGUGACCAGCGGCCUGUUCACCUGCCUGUUUGGGCUCGGCUACGUCUACAACAUCCACAACCUGGGCUUCUACAUAUUUGUCCAGGUGGCCAACGGCUUGGUGCAGACCACUGGAUGGCCCAGUGUGGUCACCUGCAUCGGCAACUGGUUUGGAAAAGGAAGGCGCGGGCUCAUCAUGGGUCUGUGGAACUCACACACCUCAGUGGGAAACAUCCUGGGCUCACUGAUCGCAGGUUACUGGGUCUCCUCCAACUGGGGCUUGUCCUUCAUCGUGCCGGGCCUCAUCAUCGCCGCCAUGGGCGUCGUCUGCUUCCUGUUCCUCAUCGAGCAUCCAAAUGACCUGAAAAGCAUCUACGCUCAAAACGCUUCUCCAGGAAAGAGUGUGAAAGCGAAGAGGAACGGAGUGAACGGACACACUGAGAUGUAUCUGCAGUACAAAGGCAACAAACCACAGAGUUACGACACGGAGCUGCUGUUGCCGCGGGAAACGCUCCGUGUCCCCGUGCAGCCGGUCGUAGUGGUGAAGAACGAAUCCGAGCCGUCGCCCAUCAGCUUCAUGGGAGCCCUGCGCAUACCGGGAGUGAUCGAGUUCUCUCUGUGUCUGCUGUUUGCUAAACUGGUCAGCUACACUUUCCUCUUCUGGCUGCCGCUCUACAUCACUAAAGCAGCUCACCUGGAUGCCAAGAGAGCCGGAGAUCUCUCCACCUUGUUUGAUGUGGGAGGAAUCGUAGGAGGGAUCCUUGCAGGAGUUAUCUCUGAUAAAUCGGGGAAGAGAGCCUCCACCUGUGCAGUGAUGCUGCUGCUGGCUGCUCCUACACUGUACGUCUUCUCCAUGAUCAGCGAGUUCGGUCUGGGACCAACCGUCGCCAUGUUGUUGGUGUGCGGAGGUCUCGUCAACGGACCGUACGCUCUCAUCACCACCGCCGUGUCGGCUGAUCUGGGGACCCACAAGAGCCUGAAGGGUAAUGCCAGAGCGUUGUCGACUGUCACCGCCAUCAUCGACGGCACCGGAUCAGUCGGUGCAGCUCUCGGCCCCCUGCUGGCCGGACUGUUGUCUGCAGGCGGCUGGAAUCGGGUCUUCUACAUGCUGAUGACUGCUGACUUCUUUGCUCUGUUGCUGCUGUUGCGGCUCGUGUGGAAGGAGCUGUCAUCAACUAAAUCCCGUCCCAUCUCCGCUGUAGAGUUAAAGGAGCACUGAGCACUUUGAUUGCACUGCCUUCACGGAGGAGUACACACACACACACACACACACACACACACACACACACACACACACACACACACACACACACACACACACAAACACAAAGUACUGUGCAUUUAAACCACUCGUCUCAGCCUGAAAUGGACUAUGGCUCAGACAUUUUAAUGGUUCAGAGAGCCGAGGCUGAAGAUCUGAACCAAACAGCAGAUUUCAGUCCGAGGAUUCAUCGUCUGCACAUUUAAUCGACUUCCUGUGUCCUUAUCUUCUUCUUCUAAUGACUUAUUUCUUACGGCAGCCAGUUGUAACUCACUGCUCAGUCUACCUUGAGGACUGACAGCCUUAUCUGACAAUGUAUGUUAGGACUAAACCAGAAGUGACAGUUAUUUGUUUCGGUGCUUUGAAAACAGCAACUUCCAUGAUUGUUGUGAUGGAGCUCAUAACUUCAGUCUAACCGUAAUCAUCUUAACGAUCCCUUUCACACACGUUUUAACCCUCCUGUCGUCCUCCCGGGUCAAAUUGACCCCGUCCGUUUUGACUGUUCCUUCUUUCCUCCGUUCCUUCCUUCCU